AUGGCUGGAUGUGAAUGGGUGAGCUCGGGUGGAGGUCCUCGAUGCAGUCAGGUGACGGGCAGCGACGCCGACAUGUACGUUGAGCGGAGUGGACUCGCCGGAGCCCCCGACGGCGAGGAGGAGAGCGGCGGGGCCAGGUGCUCCACGCCCCUGCAGUCCCGAGUGGACUCGUACGAGGAGAUGCAGAAGAAGAAGUGCAUCUCGGACGUGAGGAGGACCUUCUGCCUCUUCGUGACGUUUGAUCUGUUGUUCAUCACAUUGCUGUGGAUCAUCGAGCUCAACGUGAACGGCGGGCUUCCCAAGCAGCUCAACCAAGAAGUCCUCCACUACAACUACCACGCAUCCUUCUUCGACAUCUUUCUUUUAGCCGUAUUCCGAUUCGCCGUCCUCAUCUUGGCCUACGCUGUCUGCAGGCUGACGCACUGGUGGGCGGUGGCUGUGACCACUGCAGUCAGCUGUGCCUUCCUCAUCGUCAAAGUGAUUUUAUCAAAGCUGUUGUCUCAGGGCGCUUUCGGCUACCUGUUGCCCAUCAUCUCCUUCGUGCUGGCCUGGAUGGAAACCUGGCUGCUGGACUUUAAGGUUCUUCCUCAAGAAAUGGAGGACGAAAACCGUUUCCAGUCCCUAUUGGACGCCAGCGCGCAACGAGCACCUUUUCUCCCCGGUCCGGUGUCCGACGGCCAGUUCUACUCUCCGCCCGAGUCGGUGGCAGACACAGAAGACGACCUAGAUGACAAACUGGGACUUAUUUAA